GCUUCUAAAAUCCUCCCAUCACCGGUAACAGUGUGAAUUCCGAAUAUCGCCAGUCAGACAUUGGGUUCUGAAUAAACUUCUCGCCAACGCCGAUCCGUUCCGCGAUGGAACCGAUUAAAAUGGCACUGAUCGAUCUCAGUGGCACGCUGCACGUCGAUGACCAACCGACGGAUGGUGCGGUCGAAGCGCUCAAAAGGCUCCGUCAGCACGGUGUGGGGGUCAAAUUUGUGACAAACACCACGAAGGAAAGCGCGGGAUCACUGUACACGCGAUUGCGCCGUAUCGGAUUCGAGUUGGAACGCGAAGAAAUCUACGGUUCCCUGGCUGCCGCUUCCGACUACAUCCGCACGCACCACCUAAACCCGUACUAUCUGCUAACCGAAGAUGCCCGAGGUGAUAUGCCGCCUCCGCAACCGGACCUUCCGCAUGAUUCCGUCGUCGUUGGCCUGGCACCGGGCCACUUUUGUUACGAACGAUUGAACGAAGCGUUUCGCGUUUUACAUCGACCACCGGGCACUCGGGCCGCGCAGCUCGUUGCCAUCCACGAAGGACGCUAUUACAAGGCAGCGGAUGGGAUAGCCCUUGGACCGGGUUGCUUUGUCAAGGGACUAGCGUACAGCAGCGGCGUCACUCCCGUUUGUAUCGGUAAACCAAAUGAAUAUUUCUUUCGCUCCGCCCUACCGGAAGGUGUAGCCGUUGGCGAGUGCGUCAUGAUUGGCGAUGAUCCAAACGACGACUGUUUGGGUGCGAUGCAGAUCGGCAUGCGCGGCUUUCUCGUGGAAACGGGCAAGUAUCAACCGGAACGCCACUCGGCCGAUAAGCGACCGGCGGUGAGUGGCAUUUUCGCCACGUUUCGCGACGUCGUACAGCACAUAAUCGACGGACAGCCGCCAGCACGGCCGUAACGGGCGCUUUCUCUAUUUAAAACACAAAACAGUUGUUUUAGUUGCCUAUUUUUUAAGUUACAUUUAUAUUUAAAGCGACAGUUCAGUGGUUUAAACGUAAAAUACAAGUAAUGUUGA